AUGCAAACAUAUUUCGGUUUCGCACUCCUUGGCUUUGUCAAUGCGAUUGUACCAUUCGUUGUACACUCGGCAAACUAUCUCAUCAUUCCUUACCCACGCUGGAUAGUUCUUCUCAUCGAGACUCUCCCAGCACUUCUCACAAAACUAUUUCUUCCUAAUGUUCUUCACCGGUUUCCCUACUGGGUACGCCCUUUCACCAUUGGAGCAGUAUGGAUAAUCGUGGCUCUCAUAACAAAAGCCACUCCGCCCAACAUUGCGCCUCCAUUACGAAUCUUGACCUCAGUACUAGCUUCUGCGUCUUCCGCAGCAAUGGAGAUUUCAUUCCUGGGAAUGCUACGAUAUUACGGCCGUGUCGGUCUUGCAGGAUGGGGCGCAGGCGUAGGCGCAGGAGCUGUAUUCUGCGCCAUCCUGCCUUUUGUGCUGACUGUUUGGAUGCAGUCGUUUCUACGCGACUUUAUUGAUUGCAUCUAUGUUCUUACUGGCGCUAUGCUGGUGGCAUUCUUUGUUGUUCUGCCCGACGCGCCGGUCAAUUAUCCUCUUUCACAGCAGAGUUUCUCUAAAGGCGACGUGGAAGAUGCUUCACCGGAUCCCGUUCAGCAAUUAUCCCGAGUACUGAGUACGCGAAACCGCAUUCAUCUUGUGAAAGCUACGGUCCGGCCGUUUAUGAUUCCCUUAUUUGGAGCUUUUGCGGCACAGGCCCUUGUGUACCCCGGAAUCUCACGAGCGUUACCUCUUCCUGAGUCAUCGGCGACCUUUUUCUCAUUUGUUACUACCUACGGUUUAGCCUUUCAAUUGGGCAAUUAUAUUUCUCGAACACAUACUUUACUCUUCCGACUGAGUAGUCUCAGAGCUUCGUUCACGAUUCUUAUCGCUGCGGCGCUCAUUCUAAUCGCCAAUUCGAUAUUCCUCGUAUCCUCGACAGAAGCGGUCAUAGGUUUACUCGCGUUCGGCGCUGGAAUAGGCGGGGGUGCAGUCUACAUGAUUGUUUUCGACAAAGUUCUUCAUGAGAAGAGUCACGCGAGUGAUGUUGAUCUGGAGUUUAGUCUCCAGGUUGUAGGGGCUGGUGAGACUGCGGGUGUCAUCGCUGGCGGGAUGCUGGGUACGUGCGACGAACAAGGUCCCCCAUGCACAAACUGUCUCGCCCGCUCCCUCGAAGACUGCUCCUAUCUACCCUCACCAACAACCCACAUCCCCGCCACCGAAACCCGCCGCAGACUAGAGCUAGAACUCAUGCACCGCUGGUCAACAUCAACCUACAAAUCCCUCGCCAGCAUCCCCGAAGAUAACCAAUGGCUUCAAGACGACAUGCCGCGCUGGGCUCUUAAACAUGAGUAUCUCCUUCAGGGCAUGUUUGCUUUCUCCGCGCUCGAAAUCGUGCUCUGUGGAGGUCCUGUGGUUGUGGAGGAGGAUUAUGAAAAGUAUUAUGCGAAAUUAGCGGUUGAGUAUUAUGAUAAAGCGAGUCGUUCGUUUAGAGCGCAGUUGGAAGAUGUCAAUGCGGAGAAUGCGCAAAAGGUCUUUAUGUUUUCAUUUCUGGCUAUUUCUAUUAAUAUGGCUCUUGGACAGUGCACUGCGUUCGAGGAGUUAUACGAGGGUGUGCUUGAGCGUCUGGUCACGCUGUGGGAGUUACUCAUGGGUAAUGCUUCAAUCGCAGAUCAACAUUUCGACGCUCUCAUAUCAGGAGCUCUAUCAAGAUCCACAGAAGCGUUAAUGCUACGAACACAGCUUCAAACCGAAACACCAACAUCUUUGGGCACAGAGACAGAAGAUACACUUGAGAAUCUCUCGGUCAUCGUCAACAAAGCCUGUGAAACACCAAGUGAAGUAUCCAGUUCAUACCGCCCCAGUCUCUCCGCGAUACAAACCUGCUUCACAGAAGAUUCCAAAGACGUUUUCAAGGGCAUCGCCAUUGGUUUUCCCGCCCUCGCAGGGCGAGAUUUCGGAAUAGCGCUCAAGAGUUCUGAUCCUGUGGCUUUAAUGAUCACCAUGUUUUGGGGCGUGCAGCUUAAUGAGUUGGGCAAGAUGGCUUGGUGGGUUGGUACGUUUGGAAAGAAGAUGGUUGAUGAGGUCUCGGAGAUUUUGUGGGAGCCUGAGGCGGGGCACGAGAUUAUGAGUUUGCCUGAGUGGAAGGAGUGUAUAAUGUGGGCAAGGGUGGAGGUUGGUUUGACACCUCUAGUUGAGACUCCGUUGGAGUCAUAA